AUGGCAUAUACGGAUGAUGCCGUUAAGGCAAAGCUCUCCGCUCUCAAUGAGACGCAGGAGGGUAUUGUCACUGUCGCGCAAUGGGUCUUGUUCCACAGACGGCAUGCAGAGCGAACUGCGCAACUUUGGCUACAAAAGCUUCGCGAUUCCCCGGCCCCCAAGCGACUGAACUUGAUAUACCUGGCGAACGAGGUGGCGCAACAGUCGAAAGCUCGGAAAAAAGAGGAUUUCCUUAUCGCAUUCUCUCCGGUCAUUGCCGAAGCCACGGCCGUCGCAUACAAAGGAGCGUCAAAUGAGAUCCAACAGAAAAUUAGACGGGUGGUAGAAGUGUGGCGGCAACGUUCGAUCUUUGAGCUCCCAAUCCAGGAAGCUGUAGAGGCUCGUGUGGAUGAAAUCGAUCGAUCACGUUCUACUGGAAAGAAACCCUUACUUGGUGGAUCACUGUUCUCGAGCUCUUCCGGAUCCACGCCGUCUGAACUACAACCUUUGGUUCCUUUGCAAGUGGCACUGUCCAAGGCUACGAUGGCUUCUGGUGCCGCUUCGACAGCCAAUGCAGAGUAUGAAAAGAUGCAAGACCCGAACAUACCACUGCCUACACCUCCUGUGCACGCUGCACGUCUGAGCCAAUUGUUGAAGACACUUGCGAAUGCCGAAAGCUCCGUAUCCGAGAUCAUCAAGUCGCGGCAUGCAUUAAUUGAUGGUCUUGAGAAGCUCCUGGAGACCAACCGAUCGGCACUCUCGAAAGAACAGUCUCUGGCUACGCAGUUGUCGGAGCGAAGGGUGGACACCGAAACAAAGAAACGUGACGUCGAAGAUGGAAUCAUGAAAGGACUUUCCGUUGAAAACAUGCCGGCUGCCCAUCCUACCGGCAAUGCUGAAGGGGAACCGAUUGCUCGCCCGCAAAUUGAAGCGCUCACACCUCCGCCUGUGGAAUCUAUUACGCCCAUUGGAUCUCCGAAGGUUGAACCGCAAGAAAACGAUCCUUCCACCGCACCGUUACCGUUUGUACUGCCCACUGUUGAACCUCAGCAGGGUAGCAUGCCGCUUCCUGGUACAGGGCUCCCUGGUAUCUCUACUUCUCUUGGCCAGCACCAAUUUGAUGGCAGUCCGAAUGGCACUAAUGCCAAAAAGCGGAAAGUCGACCAUGGCGAGGAAGAUUAUGCCCAGUUCGCGGGCGGUGAUCUAGACGCCGAUGUUGCUCAAUUGCUUGAACAAGAGGGUAAUGCUCAGACUUAG